AUAGUUACAUAUGAGAACAAAAGUACUGAAAUUAGCAUAAAAUAAAUACAGUUUCAUAGAGAUCACAUAACAAAAAUUUGAAGCAAACCACAAUUAAAACAAGGCAACCAUACCUUAAGAUUGGGAACUUGAUCAGCUUCACCUUCCGAUAACAACACAACUUUUAUAUAUCUUAUAUAUAUAUGGAGGGAGAGAGAAAGAGAGAGAGAGAGAGAGAGAAAGAGAGGCUCACCCUUUUUCCCUACCCUCCCAGAACUAGAAAUAAGGGUUGCGAAUGUGCAAUUGAGGUAAUAUAGAUGGAUUGGUUGCCACAUUAUCGGUCCUUAAUUUGUGAUUUGUACUUCUUACAUUGGAUUGAAUUCACUGGCAAGCACAAGACUAGGUACCAUAUUGGACAACUGGUGAAAGAGACAUCAACUAAGCUUAAGCAAGCUACUGAAAUAGAUCAGUGUACUGAAGUCAGUGCCAGCAAGAAGAUUGCUGAUGCUAAGCUGGCAAAAGAUUUCCAGGCAGUUCUUAGAGAAUUUCAAAAGGCUCAACGGCUUGCUGCUAAGAGGGAAACAACAUAUGCUCCUUUUGUUCCUAAGGAAGUUCUUCUGCCUAGCAACAAUGGCAAUGAGCUGAAGAUCGAUUCAGCGAAGAGUCAUGAACAGUUAGCUCUUCUUGUGCAAUCUAAAAGACAGGAGGUGGCAAUGUUGGAGAAUGAUAUUGUUUUCAAUGAAUACAUUAUUGAGGAAAGAGAACAGGGGAUCGAAGAAAUUCAACAGCAGAUUGGUGAGGUGAAUGAGAUUUUUAAGGAUCUGGCUGUGCUAGUUCAUGAGCAAGGAGUUAUGAUUGGGUACAUGUUGUAA